CCGCGCGUCCGCCUUUCGGCGGCCCUUGGGCCGGGGGCGGCGGUGUCGGAGGGACGCUCGGCUGCGGCGCCGGCAUGUCAGACGAUUACAGAUGGAAAAUGCAAAGCCAAGAAAAGUCUUUUUUAAGUAUUACAGAAUAAGGAAAUAUGGCCUGAAUGAAGUUGCCUGUGCCACGUAAAUGCUUUGAAGUUUUGUGAUGGCAGAAGCUAGAUCUUCAGAAAUUAAAAGGUCCCGAAUAAGUUUGUCACUCAGUAAAAAUAAGAAAAAAAGAGGAUCAGUAAAAAAAGUGGAAAGUAAAGGAACACCAUCUAUACCUUCAGCAUCCUCCUCUAUUGUUUCUUUUUUUAACAAUGUGCCCCCUGCCAAAAUUACGUGUCCCGUGUGUGGGCAAAUGGUGCCAAGACAUGGAAUAAAUGAGCACAUGGAUGAGACAUGUCAGAGAAAACAUGGUGAGAUUGGUGUCAUUGACUCAACGCUCGACUCUUUUAGGAAUUGGAGUCCCCCAGCUGCAAGUCUGAACAAUAAUUCCAGCUCAUAUUUUUCAAAAAACCUCGUAAAUCUAGAAACAAGUCGGCCCAAAAGCAGCUUAUUGAAAACAGAAGGGAGUGCAGCACAACAGAUUAGUCCUUACUUUAGCAAUAAUAGUUCAGUCUGUAGUGUUAACAAUGAACCACAGGCUCAGACAGUUAAAAUAGUCUCUUUGGGAAGCUUAGCAUCUAAACUGUCCAGAAGACGUUGUAUCCAUAGAGGAAAACAGAUCGUGUAUAAAGAGAUCGACUCUUCCCCUCCAGCUGUUUACAAUACGUGCAGAAGCGCUGCAGCAUGGGAUGGUGAUGACGGGAUUUAUACUGGGCAUAGUUCUCAGAAAGAAAAUGAGCUUGCUCAGAGGGAGUGCCAGGAACAGAAUUUUUCAAAGGAGGAACUGGAAUUUCAAGAACAAGUAAACAAACGUAGUGGAGAAGACCUUGUGGAUGUUGUUCAGGUAUCAUUACCAGCUGAUGACAUUAAUGGCAGAAGGUUACCACCUGGUACAAGGAGCACCAAAACAGCAAGUAGGUCUGAAGGUGUGAUACUUAGUCCUGAUAAAUUUGAAACACAUCUAGCCAUUUAUACUUCAGCAGAGCUGACCAAUAGUUUGGAAGUCAAGACUCAGCCUCAUGCUCAGGUUGUUCCGUCUUCCAAGACAGAAGCGAACUGUGGUACACAAAAUUGCUUUAGCAAGGGUGAUAUACAGGUACUUCCUGUGGAAGUUCAUGAAGACUUUAAGGAUGAGCUUAACCAUACUUUGUCAGAAACUGUGGAAAAGGUAGAAUUUCAAAAUUCCAUUGGGGACAUUUUAGACAAAAUAAAUGAGGUUAGCUCUGUGCCCAGCUCUCCUGGUCACCCGUAUUACCUCCAGAAUUUUUUAGUGGUGCUGCGAGCAGUCUUAGAAAACGAAGAUGAUGCCAGACUCUUUGAUGAGCAAGAUAUGAACGUUAUAACCAAGUUCUGCAACUUAUCAGGGAGCAGCAAGAGCAGACCUCUGCAUGGAAAGAUGAGCCUGGAGCCAAAGGGGACAGCGGGGCAGGCAGGGGCCACAUCCUCUUCUCCCCCGCGGGGGGCGCAAGCCCACCCUGCCCAAAGAAGAAGAGCAGAGUGCCUCCAGUGCCAGUGCUGCAGCCAGCCGUGCUCCAGUGGCGGCCGGUCCUCAGUUGGUGGGCAGAAGUUAUAUGUGAGACUUUUUCAACGCAAGCUGAACUGGUUAAAGGUGAACAAAAUAGAGUAUGGAGAGAUAAGUAUGGAUUUGUCACCAAUAAUUGAAGAACUGGCUGAAGCCAGAUUUCUGCAAACAGAAUCUGAACUGGAAGACCUGUGUGAAGGGUUGGAUUUGCUUUCAGCCCCUGAGCUAAAAACAUUGGCAAAGAUCUUUCACUUGCCAAACCCAAAUGGUCAGAAACAGCAACUCGUGGAUGAUUUUCUGAGGUUGGCAAAACAACGUUCAGUCUUCAGCAGGAGUCAGGCUGGUAUCGGGACAGUGAUUUUAAAAAGGGUGAAGGACCUGGCUGGAAAAUCUGUCAGGGUCUGUAGAGGCCCUCGGGCUGUCUUUUCUCGAAUUCUGCUGCUAUUCUCACUGUCUGAGUCAAUGGAGGAUGAAGAAGCUGGUAGUGCUGGUCAAGGCCAGCUCUCUACAGUCCUUAUGGUAAACAUGGGGCGUAUGGUAUUCCCCAGGUACACUGUAAACAGGAAAACACAGGUCUUCCAGGACAGAGAAGAUCUUAUCAGGUAUGCAACUGCUGCUCAUCUGUCAAAUGAUAUAGCCACUGCAGUGGUAAAUGGGAACUGGGAAGAAGCUAAUCAUCUAUAUAUGUGUGCAAAAGAAACAUGGAACGAACUGAAAAAUCACCCCUCUUUGAGCUAUCACAGAGUUUUACCUGAGUAUCUGCGACAUUUCACAGUUGGAUGGGUGUAUACAAGAAUCCUUUCUCAAGGUGUUGAAAUUUUGCAGAGACUUCACAUGUAUGAGGAAGCGGUGCAGGAGCUGCAGACUCUUCUGUCUCAGGAUGUGUAUUGUACUGACAGCAGAGGGCGAUGGUGGGAUCGCCUUGCUCUGAAUUUACAUCAGCACCUGAAAAACACUAAGAAGGCCAUUGACUGCAUUAGAAAUGGGCUGGCAGACCCAUUUGUACGUACUGGGCAUCGUCUCUCUCUCUACCAGCGGGCUCUGCGAAUCAGAGACUCGCCAAGCUGCAAGCAGUUCAGAUACCUGUUUUAUGAUCUGCCAGUCAUAACUGUGGAGGAUGUGACACAUGUUACGAUCAAAGGAAAGAUGUGUCCUCAGAUGGGAAUGGGAAAAUCUGUAUUUCUAAUGGAGGAUGUUGGUGAUGAAGAAGGAGGUGAAGAUUUCAGUGUAUCCACAGUCAUGUGCUCAGUUGAGGAGCUGGCGUUAACUCAUUACAGACAGAAUGGUUUCGAUCAGGGUAUUCAUGGGGAAGGCUCAACGUUUAUUACGCUGUAUGGUAUUCUAAUGUGGGAUAUCAUUUUCAUGGAUGACAUACCUGAUGUUUUCAGAAAUUCCUAUCAGACAUCCCCCCUGGAUUUAUACACUGACAGCUUCUAUGACAACAGGAGGGAUGUCAUUGAGGCCAGACUCCAGCAGCUUCAUACAGCUUCCUCAGAGACACUGGCAAACUUGAUCGCUGACAUCUGGACCACUCAGGAGGGAAAAGCAGCAGCACUAGUUAACUGGGGGCGUUUUAUUUCCCUCCAGCAAGUUCAGAGCCUUGUCUCUUGCCUUGGAGGAAUGUUUCUGAGCGGUGUUUUUAGGCGACUUUCCAAAGAUCUACGCCAUUGCAGAGGGGGACUUCCUGACCUGGUUGUGUGGCGUACUCACACUAAUCACUUCAAGCUGGUGGAAGUGAAAGGUCCCAAUGAUCGCCUGUCCCACAAGCAGAUAAUCUGGCUGAGUGAACUGAAGAAGCUGGGCGCUACAGUAGAAGUUUGUCAUGUGCAAGCCGUUGGAGGCAAGAGUAAACGCCUCAGUUGACAACAUGGGUAACGGGUGUUUUUAAAGGAACUAGCAUGAUACACACUACUGGCUGCUGCUUAUUAAAAGUAGUUUCUUCUAAAAUUCUGGUUUCUUGGAACAUUACUGUAGUUACUUUUAGCACAAAACAUUCUAAAAAAGUUUGAGAAGGCUGUUAGUGUGAUUUACUGCAUGUCACUUUGUGUUCAGACCAAAGCCUUUCUCUUCUAUAUACAAUUCAUGACUUAUUCUAUGAAAGGUAAUCUAGGGGGUUUUGCCUAGUAAAGAGAAACAAACAGCUGCAAUCACACUGGUACCAACUGAGAACAGUGUCUGCAAUAAAAAAUGUGGUGCAUCAA